CGGAUGCAUGGAGAGAAGUAACGUUCUGCAGAUUGCUGUUGGAGACCCUGGGACCACAGACCCAUCUGGUUUUUAUUCCCUGCGUUGGAUGGCAUUUGCUUCAGCCAUUCAAGGAUUCUGAACUUGUGACGAGGGAUCCAGGCUGGGAAGAUGCUGAGCUCCAUCAAGUGUGUGCUGGUGGGAGACUCUGCUGUGGGGAAGACCUCCCUGUUGGUGCGCUUCACCUCAGAGACCUUCCCAGAGGCCUACAAGCCCACGGUGUACGAGAACACGGGCGUGGAUGUCUUCAUGGAUGGCAUGCAGAUCAGCCUGGGUCUCUGGGACACAGCCGGCAAUGACGCCUUCAAAAGCAUCCGUCCCCUGUCCUACCAGCAGGCCGAUGUGGUACUGAUGUGCUACUCUGUGGCCAACCAUAACUCUUUCCUGAACCUGAAGAACAAGUGGAUUGGCGAAAUCAGGAGCCACUUGCCCUGUACCCCUGUGCUGGUGGUGGCCACCCAGACUGACCAGCGGGAGAUGGGGACCCACAGGGCCUCCUGCAUCGGUGCCAUCGAUGGGAAGAGACUGGCCCAGGAUGUGAGAGCAAAGGGCUACCUGGAGUGCUCGGCCCUUAGCAAUCGGGGGGUCCAGCAGGUGUUUGAGUGUGCCGUCCGAACUGCCGUCAACCAAGCCAGGAGACGCAACAGAAGGAAGCUCUUCUCCAUUAAUGAGUGCAAGAUCUUCUAACCUCCCAGAGACGUCACCCAACACUCAUUGACUCACCCACCUCAGAGACUAACGGGGACAGGGAGAGCAAACACCAAGGGUUGACGCUCUUUCUGGGGACAUCCCGGGCAGCAGUGUUUGCUUUUGGAUAUAGUUCGUUGAUGGGACUUGGCCGCUGGAUGGUUUUAUUAAGUACACUCUGCAAAUGAACUCCUCGUCCUGUCCAACGAGGCAGUCUCUUGAGAAGCUGUAAUGAAUAUUCUAUCUCUGGUUAAAAAACUAAAAAGGUCUCCAUAAUUUUGGACAGUGAAGUGAGUUUUCCAAAAGAAUUCUAUAUUUAAAGACAUGUUUUAUUUAAAUGAUAACAAAAUGUAGAGCUCUUGUACAUAGUUAGUUUUCAUGCUUGGGAAGUCUUUUCCUACAGACUCACAAACACACCCUGGUGUAUGCGUGAAAUGACCUUGCAGGACUCCGCCAUGUGUUCGGAGGGUUAUUUUCACCUGAAGUAGUAACUUUGUUGAAGCCACUUGCCUACCUGAUUUUACUAGGUGAUCAAAUUUUAAAAGGACUGCCAACCAAUCCUUGCUAUUCAUUUUCCACCCAGCUGUUAACCGAUUUGUUUAUAAAAUACACCCGAUAACAUAUGCUACUUUAAUACUGCCUAAUGAUUUUAACAGUUAUCCGUCUGUUUUCCUGUAAUUAUAUGUAAAAAAGCAUUUCUUAUUUAUGAUACUACCUUUCACUCAACGAACUCCCAUUAUGCACUAAGUAUUCCUCUUUCAUUUACCAAAACAGAUGAAAAGAAAACCUUUUGGGUGGGGAAUCUGACUGCUCCAAGUAAUAGCAGCAGAGCUCGGAACAGAAUUGAAAAAUCGCCCUUUCCUUUGGGAACCGCUGCACUUUGCCUGGGUUUUCCGACACUGGCCCCCGCCUGGCUGCAGGCCUUGUGAAUGAGAGCAGGCUCGGCAUUCUGGGAAUUGGUUACUUGAGCUCUUAACUGACCUGGAAGGGCAACUAUAAUUUAUUAAUUUUAGGAUCUAAUCAGAGUAAUUACUAAGGUGUCUAUGGACCUAUGUGUGUGUGUAAGGGAACACAGGUACAACUUAUAGCUUUUACUAUUUCAUCAAUGUGAAGCACCAGAGUAAAAAAAACAAAAACAAAACAAACCCCCCACAAAUUCCAAGCACAGGGAACAGGAAAACUGUAUAGCAAAUUUUCAGAUAAAAUCUUAUCAGGGAAAAUACUGAAUAAUGACACCCCUCUCCCCCUCAAACCGCAUUCUAUCUAAAAAGCUUCAAAACAAUGGUAUCAAUCAUCUGUUAAAGUUGAAAACAGAAGACCAUGUAACUCAAGGAAGAAAUUGCAAAUGCUGGCACCGGGUACCUCAUUUACUCACCUACUCCAAUAAAACUCAGAACCACUCUGGACCACGUUGUUAAAGCACAUCAUUGUUAUGUUAUAAUGUGGCCAUUAGAUACAAAUGGUAAGGCACUUGGCAUAAAUGACUAUGAUUAAACUUAUGUUG